AUGAUUUCCCUGAAGCAGCAAAGGAAGUUCAAGAACGAACGUACGUUGACGACAUUGGUGGAUCCAGGGCCCACCACUGCGGAGGCCAAGCAAGUCACAACUGCAAUUGACAAAGUGCUCGCAAAAGAACAUACUGCGUUCCCAAAACUCCUUCCAAGGAAACAUGACUUCACAAGCUUAGUCAUCAACAGCUUCCAUGAAAAGCUAAUGCACGCAGGUGUAUCUCACACUUUAUCGGCUACCAGAAGGGAGUUCUGGAUUCCACAAGGAAGAUCAUCUGUACGAAGAGUUCUACUCAAAUGCUUGAGAUGUAGACGAUAUCAAGGAGGACCAUACCAAAUGCCCGCAACGGCUCCCUAUCCACGAUCACAAAUAGAAGAAUCUCCACCCUUUACAUACACUGGUCUUGACUAUCUUGGACCCUUGUAUGUGAAAGUCAGUAAGCCAUCAGCAACCCAAAAAGUCUGGUUGUGUCUGUUUCCUUGUUUAGCUGUUAGGGCUAUUCACUUAGAAGUCGUUCAUGACAUGACCGCUGAACAAUUCUUGUUCUGCCUAGAGGAUUCAUUGCCACACGAGGAAAACCAAGACAGAAUUUCCGAUAAUGCUUCCCGGUUCAAAGUAGUAAAGUCGACUGUUGAAGAAGCAUGGCAACUCUCCAUGACAAGUCCUGACACACAAAGUUACCUGGCCAAGGAAGGCAUAAACUGGAGCUUCACCAUUGAACUGGCCCCCUGGAGGGGUGGUUUCUAUGAAAGACUUAUCGGUCUUGUGAAACAGUCUCUUCAAAAGAGUAUUGGAAAGAUCUGUCUUACUAUAGUUCAACUGGACACUGUUGUAAAGGAAGUCGAAGCAGUCAUCAAUUCCCGUAGUACAAGAAUAGUGUCCCGAAAAGUAACUACAGUAAGGCUCAUUCCAGAGCAGAUCUACCUCCUCCUGGACACAAUAUUAGACCUUCGGAAGAAAGAAGAAAACAUCUCCGAAAGGGUGAUAUUGGAAAGUAUUGAAUCAGACAUCAGUCAGCCACCACUAGAGGAUGUAGAUGAAGGUGAAGCAUACACGAAAAAGAAGACUGAUGCAAUGAAGGCUGUCCGAAAGGUCUUGCGACACAUUGUUGAGCAAAGAUUGGAGACAAAAAUGAAGAGGGUGACUGUGAUGGACAACGCAGAGGAGGAGGAUGUUUAA